ACAGCUUGAUGUCGUGCGUCAACUUACGGGAAAAUAAAUAAGGCGUAAAUUCGCGAGGUGUGGUGUUGUGGUGAUUGUCUUCGUGUCAAAUGUUCAAUAAAUGUCUACUAAACCAAUAAAAAUGCCGUCGGCAACAAAGGAAAAGGAUUCCACAAUCCUCAAGAUCGCUGUGGAGAUGCUCAAUGCUCCCGACAAGGUACCACAGUUGAUAGAAUUCGAUCAAAGUCAGCCUCUAUCGAGCAUCAUACAACUUCUAUGCAAGCCUUGGGGUCUGCCCGACCCUGAAAACUAUGCUCUACAAUUUUCUGAGAGCAACAAUCAGAAUUAUAUAACGGAGAAAAAUCGGAAUGAAAUUAAAAAUGGAUCUGUUUUACGAUUGGAAUUAUCGCCAGCAAAGACCGUGCAGGAUAUCCUGGGCAAGAUAAACAAUGGGUCCGAGACCGACCAAGUCGCUGCCCUCUCAAAAUUGUCUGUUUUAAGCAGUGAUCUCACUUUUGCCCUUGAAUUUAUUAACAAAAAAGGUUUGACAUUGAUCAUAAGUAAUAUAGAAAAUGGUAAAUUCAAAGGGAAAUUGCUCAAAUACGCCCUAAUUACUUUUGUGGAGCUAAUGGAUCAUGGAAUCAUAUUCUGGGACAUACUUGAGAAUCAAUUUAUAAAUAAAGUAGCCAGCUUUGUAAGCAACCAAGCAAGUACUCAGGAUCCUAAGGUUAUUCAGUGUUGUUUGUCAAUUCUUGAGAACAUUGUACUUAAUAGUUCAAAGAAUUCUCAUGUAGAGAAGGAGAUUACUAUUCCAAGUCUGAUCUCACACCUACAGAAUACUCACCAAGACAGUAUUAUCCAACAGAAUGCUAUAGCACUCAUUAAUGCCAUAUUUUCUAAAGCUGAUAUGACAAAGAGAAAAACCAUUGCCGCUACAUUGUCUUCCAAGCAAGUAAGAUCUGUAAUAUAUGAAAACCUCAUUGGUGCAAGUGAAUUUUCCAAGAAUGCUGAACAGGGAUUAGGCACUGAGUUGGCUCACCAACUGUAUGUACUGCAAACCUUAAUGCUUGGCUUGUUGGAACCUAAAAUGAGACAAAGGGCUGAUGCCCAAGAACAAGAGUCACAGGAGAAAAUAAAAGAACUUAGAAAAGUUGCAUUUGAAAAUGAUAAUAAUCCUAACAUUGAGGUUACCAUGAGGCGUCCAGGUACAUACUCAAAAGACUUCAAGAAACUUGGAUUCAAGUGUGAGAUUGAUCCAAUUAAAGACUUCAAUGAAGUUCCACCGGGUGUCCUAGCCUUGGACUGUAUGUUGUACUUUGCUAGGAACUACUCGGAGGAUUAUACAAAAAUUGUAUUAGAAAACAGUUGUAGGGCUGAUGAACAUGAAUGUCCAUUUGGCAAGACAAGUGUGGAGUUGGUGAAGCUACUGUGUGACAUCCUAAAGGUUGGAGAUCCUCCCAGUGAACAGGGCCAGACAUACCAUCCACUGUUCUUCACUCAUGACAGACCUUUUGAAGAAUUAUUUUGUAUUUGCAUAGUAUUAUUGAAUAAGACAUGGAAAGAAAUGAGAGCUACUGCGGAAGACUUUAUCAAAGUAUCAAGUGUGGUUCGGGAACAGAUUAGCAGGGCACUGUCCUCUUCCCCCAAAGGCUUUGACAAGUUCAGACAGAAGAUAAACCAACUGACAUACACUGAAAUAACCCAGUUAUGGCAACAAGAGAGAAAUAACAGGGAGGUAUGGGAGUCCCAUGCAAGGCCCAUAGUUGAACUCAAGGAGAAAAUAACUCCUGAAAUCAUUGAUCUCAUUCAACAACAAAGGUUAGGAGUUCUAGUUGGGGGUACAAGGUUCAAGAAAUAUUCUGCCAGAGGUCAGAGGAUCAAAGACAAAUUCUGGUUUGUCCGUCUCUCACCAAAUCAUAAAGUAUUGCACUAUGGGGACUGUGAUGAAAAGAGUACUCCAAGUUUAGAGGAGCUUGGAAAUAAGUUGCCUGUUACUGAUAUAAAAUGUGUGAUCACAGGCAAAGACUGUCCCCAUAUGAAGGAUUUGAGGGGAAGAAAGAUAACACCACAUUUAGCAUUCUCAUUGAUCAUCAAAUCUGCUGAAGUUACUUCCUUAGACUUUGUUGCACCUGAUGAGCAGAUAUUUGACUACUGGACCGAUGGCAUAAAUGCCCUGCUAAAAGAAAAGAUGUCGAGUAAAUCAUUUGAAAAUGAUUUGGAAACUUUGUUGUCCAUGGAUAUAAAAGUUAGAUUACUUGAUGCGGAAGGUAUUGACAUACCUAAAGACCCGCCACAAAUACCAGAUGAGCCAGAAGAUUACGACUUUUAUUAUGAUAAUAACUAAAUUGAACUCUAUUUUAUUUGUAAACAAGCUUCCAUAUUGUUGAUGAAAGAGGUGAAGGCGUUAUGCGAAUAUUUUAUGCGACGAAUAAUUGUGAGUUGUGAAGAUACCAUUUGGCAGUAUCAUAAAUAUAAUUAGUAGCGAAAAUUAUUAUUAUUAUUAAUAAAAGCGAUAUUAGACUUUACGAGAAUGUAUCCGAGUGAAAAAUCGCUUUCUUCCAAUAUGUUACAUUCUAAUAAGUAAAAAAGUAUCCAUUAUAAGUUUAUCGAAUAAGAUACCAAAUUAGGAAUCGUUAUUUUGUAUAGGUGCAUCACGGUGGAUACGUACUUCCGCGGGCUGACGCGACGUCGACAUCUGAAUAUUAAUGAGAUUCAUAUACGGGAUUGUUGAGUUACUAAUAGUUCUACCUACCUGCGUAAGGAACGAAAUAUGAAUGUGUGAAUAUCAUUUAAAUAUGUAAAUAAGUAUAUUUUACAUAGCAGUGUAGCUGACGACGCUGCAGGACGUAAAGAAAUACAACAUUGUGCGAUUUUAUGACAAUACCAAGUACUUUAUUUUUUAAUUUUCAGUUUCGUAUAAAACCAACUAUAGUCGCAUAAAUAACUCAACAAAACUAGUGAUGAAAGAAUAAAAAGACAAAUCUAUCUUCCCACGAUGAUUUCCAAAACAAUGUUUUCCAUUACAUUUGUAAGAGAGCACAAAGUAUUUUAAUUAUAGACGAUAGUUUCUUAUAUUUUAAAUAUUAAAUUAUUGUUAAAAUGUAUUACUGACUUUCCAUUUAUGCUGUAUCGACUGAAUUCUAUUAACUUCCAUUUUAACCUAAUGUAUUGUGGCCAUUUACCAAUAUUAUAUUUUAUAUACCAAAGAUCAUGUCUAAAGAACAAAUAUAUUUAAAUGUGUAUGUAUAAAUAAAAGUUUUAAAGCUAUUACUUUGUUUUUAUUUGUAAUUGAGAAAUUAACUUACAUCUAAAGCUUAAUAAUUUGAUUUUUCUCAUGCAUUUUUGAGGUAGCCCAUCUUAAAACUAAAUAAUCUUUAAUAGGUACAUGGAAUAGUUUGGCUACAAAAGUAUAUACCUAAUUGGAAUAAAAAUAAUAAUUUGGAAAAUAUUAUGUUUGAUAUAAAUGAGUACUCGUCGUAAUCGUCGGGACACUGGUCAGACGACCGGUCGAACCGUGUUAUCUAUAUCUACUAAAUACGAAGCAAGAGUUAUCGAAACAAAGGUUGAUUUGGUUGCGCAACCCUCCAUUCAACUAAUUAUACAUACUUACUGUUGGUUGCGCGACCAGUCGUACAACCAAGUGAAAUCUUAAUGAAAUGGAACUCUAAAUAGUAAGAAAUUAGUUUAAAUUCAUAUUUAGAUCAAUUUACAUAUUUUAUUAAUAAAAAAAUGAUAUGUUC